GUUUUUGCAUACAUCUUGGGUCGGGUACGGAGAUCUCGUACACAUGCACAACGCGACGUGCAUCGCGCAUCCCGUACGAGGGCUCGCACAAAAGAUCUCGAUCAAAUUCAACUCAUUGAUCUAGACCCGAAGAAUCGAGCUACUCUUGAAGCACAGGCCAUUGACCUCGAGAAACCUGGCCUUGCCCAGCAUUACUGCGUUGAAUGUGCAAAAUACUUUGAGACUGAUACCGCGCUCCAGUCGCAUUGGAGGGGCAAAGUGCACAAACGACGCUGUAAAGUUUUGAAGGAGCCUGCAUAUACGAUAGAAGAAGCAGAAAGAGCUGCUGGACUUGGGCGAGAAGGGAAAAGAACACCGAUUUCUACACACGUGACACGCCAUGCCGAUAGAUACUUAGCGACCCAACGCUGUGACCUAAGGAUGGUCGCCUGUCUUUGUCUCCUUGGGCUAUCGCGCCUCGAGUCAGACAUUGGUGUUGUCAUCAAGUGCGUGGGCCCGGUAUGAUAAUUGGGCGAGGAUGACCAGCAUUAAGUCAAGAACAUAUGUAUCGCUCUCUAGUUCUUGUUUGCUUUUCCGUCACUCCCGAUCAUGCUCAAUCGAGAUUUGCUCUUUCCCCCAAUCCGCAAA